AUGGCUGCAGUUUACCAAGCAGUGCACAGAAGAACUACUUCUCUCCUCUGCAGGUUACACUCCACCUAUGUUAGAAAAAUGAGAUACUUAAAUGGGCUGAAGGAAGAUGACAGCCUUUGCAGACAAGCCCAGGGCUCAGGAACUUUCUACCUCUUUCACAAUCUCUCCCCCUUCCUGCAGAAAACUGGGAAGAAAUAUUUGGUCCCACAGCUCCGUGCAGCAGAGCUGAAAAGGAUCCUGGAGAAGUUCCCAGAGACUGAGCAAUGGCUAGAGAAGUCGGUGCUGAUUGGUUGUUCAGACGAGCACAUCGCGCACUUUGCCCUGGAUUUAGGAGCCUUGGAGAAAUCAGUCCUUGAGCGAGACCUGCAGGGAUCCUUCACUGACCUGCGGAAGGCUCUGUUUGUGGUGGAUAGGAAGGAUUCUCACUUGCUGGCUGCGGCCCAGUCCCUUCUCCGCUGGCAUGACUCCCACCAGUACUGCAGCAGAACUGGGCAGCCCACCCAGAAGAAUGCAGCUGGCAGUAAGCGUGUCUGCCAGGCCAGUGGAAUAACCUACUACCCACAGAUGUCUCCAGUGAUCAUCACGCUGGUGUCUGAUGGGAGCAGGUGCCUCCUCGCCCGACAGCCCUCGUUCCCCCAGGGGAUGUACACAGCUCUGUCAGGCUUCUGUGACAUAGGUGAGACCGUGGAGGAAACAGUGCGUCGAGAGGUGGCAGAGGAGGUGGGCCUGGAGGUGGAGUCACUCCGGUACUCAGCGUCCCAGCACUGGCCCUUCCCCAGCAGCUCCUUAAUGAUAGCCUGUCAUGCUCUGGUCAGGGCUCAGCAGGCUGAGAUCAGUAUGGACAGCCUGGAACUGGAGGAAGCACGAUGGUUUGGCCUGGAGGAAAUCCUGGAGGGUCUCAAGAGAGAUCCCAGAUCUUCCAAGCAGGAUGAUGGCAGUGUUUUACCCUGGUUCCCUCCCAAACAGGCUAUUGCUCACCAGCUGAUCUGUGAGUGGGUUAACCAGCAGAGUGCCCAGCCAGCUUAG